AUUGAAUAUUGAAUAUGACAUGACAACGGAGUAAAUUGUCAUGACCGCGGUGUUUGGUCAUUUCCUUUUUUAGACUGCCUCAAUGUUCGCUUAAAUAUUCUUCAUUUUACCUUGACUUCUUCUCUCUACUCUGCCGCCCAAUUUUCAAGCAGUUUCACAUGUAACGAACAUUACAUUUCUAAGUCAAUUAGGCUGAUUAGUAUCAAGUGGCUAUCGAACCAUUUGCCUAAAAACCUAAAAACGCUGUUCACACAAUCCGUCUACCAAUUUGAGGAACCUUCAAAAUGGUCAAAACCAAUGUCAUUUGUUAAAGUGAUAUACCUAUCAUUAUCUGAAACUUGGUGAGGGAAACUAUGAUUCUUAUUCGUGGGAAUCGUUUUGUGAGACGUCUUUCACUUUAUCGCUGCAAGUUAUGUAUGACAAUAUACGUGGUGGUAGCAGUUUUCUUCAUCAUAGCCAGUUUGCCGAAUCUUCCGCCUCGGGUCGUUUACACUCAUCCUGAUGAACUUACUGAUAAGGAGCUCUGUAGCCAACCAGGAAGCAAAGUCUGUUGCCCGAAAAGUGAAGAGCUUGAUCUAACCCAAUAUAGCUCAGAUACUCCCACAGAUUUUCUGAACUUGUUAUAUGAAGCUCAGCAUGUUUGUGAGGGGAGUUGGAAACCGCAAUGUGUGUCUUCACAAAAAAUAGCUGUCAUUAUACCCUAUAGGGAACGAGAAAAGCACCUUAAGUUAUUAUUGCCAAGACUACAUGCUUUGUUGCUACGACAAAAUAUGCCGUAUUAUGUUUUUGUGAUUGAGCAGGCUGGAACCACUCCUUUCAAUCGUGGACUACUAUUUAAUGUUGGAGUUUUGCAUGCACUGGAUAUUGAUCCAGAUAUUAAUUGUUUUAUCUUUCAUGAUGUUGAUCAUUUACCUGAGAAAAGUGAAAAUUUUUAUAUUUGUGAUACAGAAUUAAGACAUUUAUCACCUGCUGUUGAUGACUUCCGAUAUCAUCCACCAUUUGUAAACUUUGCAGGAGGUGUUGCUGCUAUGUCUAAAGAGAAUAUUUUCAAGAUCAAUGGAUUUCCAACACGUCAUUGGGGUUGGGGUAGUGAAGAUGAUGAAUUUUCAGCACGUGGUUUAAUUUAUAAUUUAAAAUUAACUAGACCACCAGAAUUUAUUGGACGUUAUAAAACACCAAGACAUAAAAAACAUUCUAUAUCUAUAAAACAUCAAAGUGAAUUUAUUAAAUUUCGUAAUUAUUUACAUGAUGGUUUAUCUAUUUUAAUACAAAAAAAUUUUUAUCAAACAUGGAAAUUAGAAUCCAUUCAUAAAAAAAUCAAUAAAAUUGUAUUCAAUCAUAAUAAUAAUAAUAAUAUUGAAACAUUUAAAAUUCCUUCAUUUUUUAAGGAAUGUACGCGCCAAAAUAUUUUUAAACAAUUAAAUAUUACUAAUGAUUCUUCUAUUGAAAUUAUUCAUAAUUUAAAACAAAUUUCAUUAGAUAAUAUUCAAUUAUUAAAUUAUUUUUCACGGGAUGAUUUAUUUAUACAUUUUAUAUUUGAUCCAAUAGAUUUAUAUAAACAAUAUAAAAGUUUAAUAAAACCUAAAGGUAAUCAUACUGAUGAAUCUUUAUGGUGGUUUCUACAUUUCUAUGGAUGGAUAUAAUAUAUAUCUGCUAUAGGAUAUAUAUAUACUUUUUGCUUGUACCAUAUAUAUUUUGAUUACGUAAUAGAUAAAUCACCUUCAAAAUGGAGUUGUAUUUUGCAGUUAACAACCGAAGCAAAC